CGAAUGCGCUGGAAGCCCACGACAACACAUUCUACAAAACUUGCAUUCCCGCUCUCUCACCUCACACGUGCUGAUCGCAAGCAAUCCAAGGAUUAUACAUAGCCAACCCACCUGCUUUCUCGGUUUGAUACAGCCUCCCCCCACUUGAGACCUUCGCCAUGGUCUUGCACAACCCAAACAAUUGGCACUGGGUGAACAAGGAUGUCUCCGCUUGGACUCAGGACUACCUCAGCAACGAGAUUGUUGGCCUGAAGGCGGAAAAGGAUGGCGUCAAUGCCGAAGUCAGCAAAAUUUUGAGCAUGGAUGGUGAUGUGGAUGUAUCGCAGCGGAAAGGCAAGGUCAUAACCAUCUUUGACGUACGGCUAUCGCUGGAAUGGACUGGCAGUGUACCUGUCAAAGAAGAGCAUGAGAAUGACGAUGGCACCAAGGAAGAGCGAGAUGGCAAGAAGGACGUGAGCGGCACCAUCACAAUACCCGAGGUCGCACACGAUACGGAGGAGGAUGAGUACGUUUUCGAGGUUGACAUAUAUUCUUCCUCCCUGGACAAGGAGCCUGCCAAAGAGCUCGUCCGACAGGAGAUCACGCCACAAUUGCGGAAACUCCUUCAGAAGCUGGCUCCUGCCCUCAUUGCGGAGCACGGCAAAGACAUCCAGCAUGCACCAGGCUCAAAUCCAUCUUCUGGCUUCAGCACACCAAGAACGCUUACCAACUCUGGCGUGAACAAGUCUUCAUCUGGCGCAACCACAUCGACUACCACCUCGUCAAGUGACGGCGCAAUUGUUAACACCACCAAGCUUUCAGACCAGCAAGAAUUCCGGACCACUGCUGAGCAGCUGUUCGAAACUUUUACCGACCCACAGCGCAUUGCAGCCUUUACGCGAGAACCUCCGAAGGUCUAUGAGGGUGCAAAGGCGGGUGGCAAAUUUGAGCUGUUCGGCGGAAAUGUAUCGGGCUCAUAUGUCAAGCUUGACAAGCCAACAUACAUUGAACAGAAGUGGCGCCUCGCGCAAUGGCCAGCAGAUCAUUACUCUACGUUAAAGAUCAAGUUCGAGCAGAACGAUGUUGACGCCGUCACCAUCAUGCGAGUUGACUGGGAUGGCGUCCCAAUUGGCCAAGAAGAGCCAACCAAGAGGAAUUGGGAUCAGUACUAUGUGCGCAGCAUUAAGACUACGUUUGGAUUCGGCACAAUCCUGUAAUAGAGAUGGACUGGGGAGAUCGGAGACGCAAGAGUUGACGGAUUACGCCUUUAAAUGAUACCACGGAGAAGUGAUUGCAUAGGGUAGCAGUUGGCUCACAGCCAUACAAUCCGCAGCUUUGUCGCUUGCGUAGAUAAAAUAGCUCUCGCUUGCAAAUCAAAUGUACAAUGCCAAC